AUGCUAAUCGCAAAGGGGGAAUUUGCAGGCUAUAUUCAAGGUCCGGCGCAAAAGCAGAACCGACCGGCUGAACAGAUCAAGCGAAACCAGAGGCCGAACCACCACAACACUCAGCCUGUUCGGAUUAUAAAUGCAAUUCAUGGCCGACCUGAACAAACGACGGAGUCGGAGGAGUUGCUCAGAACGCAGUUACGCCAGGCCCAGUUGAAAAGAAGGAUUUGCAGUAUACAUACUUUGCACCAGCAGAACGCACACGCGCCGAUAAAGUUUGAUAGAACAGACUUGCUACAGGUUCAGGUUCCUCAUGAAGAUCCACUAGUCGUCAGUCUAACAGUUGCAGAAUACCUAGUUCGAAGAGUUCUGAUUGAUCCAGGAAGUAGUGCGAGUGUCAUGCCCAGAGUGACAUUCGACCGACUUGAGAUCGAACCCGAGAACCUUAAACCCACAGGAAAUCCAUUGCUAGGAUUUGAUGGGAAGCAGGUGGAGCCCAUUGGCAUGGUGGAAUUAACAGUACAAGUUGCUGAGCGAGUUUUGACUGAAAGUUUUGUGGUCGUGGAAAUUCAUCCAUCCUACAACCUCCUGAUGGGAAGAGGGUGGAUUCACAGAGUUCAGGGUGUCCCAUCCACCCUACAUCAAGUGAUGCGAUGCUUGGGUCCCGAUGGGACCAAGGUGAUUGACAUUCAUGGGGACCAAGUUGCAGUUAAAGAGUGUUAUUCAGAGACUUUGAAAUCUGCUAGAAAAGGGAAAAAUCCCAUCCAUUUUGCCAGUCCAAGAUAG